AUGGGCAAUAUAGAGAGUGAAGAAGAAGAAACACUCCCAGAAUUAAAAUCGAUGAAAUUUAUUGUGAACCAAGGGACUUACAAGGUUUAUCAAAAUCUUCAAAAUAAUAAAUUUUACGAUUUCUGGUUCUUAAAAUCAAGUGAUCAGACUUUUGAAGUAGAAAUAGAAAUAGCAAAUCGAAUUAAAAAAGAAAAUCUAUCAGGAGUUGCUUAAGUACAUACUAUCCAACGAAACACAAAACAAACACUUUUUACAAAGUAUUACUGUUUGAAUCUUCUAACAGAGCAUCCUGCCUAUACACUUAAAGAGUAUUUAUAAAAAAAAGCUAAAAAUUAAUGCUUAACUCCUGAACAAAUCACUGAUCUCUUCGUAGCCAUCACUAAUGCAUAAUACAUGCUAGGUUCAAAGAAACAAUAUGUGGGAUUUGAAAAUAUCUAUACUGAUGAUGGAAGAAUUUGGAAAAUCAAACCCUUUCUUAAAACUACUUCAUUCUAUUAAGAGUUAUUACAAUAUAAGUCUAAAAAUAUAGUCUCAUUUGAGAUGUCUGGAUUCCCUUCACCUGAAGAAUUCCACUAAAUCAACUGCGAUAUAGAUAGAGUUUAAAUUUUUGGCCUAGGCAUGCUCUUAUUAGAACUAAUCACAAGUAUUAUUCAUAUCUUAUCUAUAGAAAAGAAAAGCAAGGACAUUUAUUAGAAAUAUACAAUUGAUGAAGCACUCUUGUAGGAAAGAAUAAACAGUUUACAAGCAGAAAAAAAAAAAUAUCGUGGAAGAUUGAUUGAAAUUAUGAUUGACACUCUAGACCUUGAUUUGGUGAGAAGACCCAACUAUCGCUAAUUAUCGACCUUUUUGAACUCGCCAGAGUCGAAAAUUCAUUCUGAAUUUAUUAGUUCUGAAAUUCAACCCAUAGAUCAAAAGAUGCCUGUAAAUUAUAACUCAUUCAAUCCCCCAGAGAGUCAAAUUUCGGAAGCAAACAUUGCUCUUCAAUAUUCCAGGGUUGAACAGUUAUUAAACAGUAAAAUUACUGAUCAUAGAAUAAGAAAAAGUUUGCAACCAAAACAGAAUUAAUCUACUUUAAUUACUCAGAAUUACAAUUAUUAUGGUCCUUUACUCAAUGGCUAAUAUCAUGGACAAGGUAAUUAGAUAUUUUAAAAUAAUUUAGGUAAACUUUUUACAAAGUCAAAUAUGCUAGUCUAUGAAGGAGAGUUCUGUGAAGGAAAUUACCAUAAUUUUGGAACAUUAAAAUACUUAGAUACAGUUUCUUUGAAAGAAAAUUUCAAUUACAAGGACUGCACUAAUAUAGAGAAAUAUGCUCUUAGCUAUGAAGGGUGCUUUAAUCAUAACGCGUAACAUUAUCAUAUUUAAUAUAGAAAACAUGGAGAAGGUAGAUUAACCUUAACAAAUGGAGAAGUCUUUGCCGGUUCUUUUGUCAAUAAUGUUAUUGAUGGUUAUGGUGCAUUUCAACCUAAUAAUCAUUAAAAAGUAAUAGGAAUCUGGAAGGAUGGCAUAUUUUAAUCUAAUCCCUCAUAACUUCAAUCCUUCCAUAAUUUAAAUGUUGGGGCCUCUGAGAAUUUCAGCUAAUCAGAACAAAAGGGAAGAUAAGAAUUAGAAUCUUAAGACUUAUUCAACUAUUAAGAUCAAAAAAAUCCCUCAGACAUCUAUGACAAUAAUUUACCGAAAUUAUAUUAUGAUGAUUAGAAAACAAUGAUUAAAUAUGUAGGUGAAUUGAAUCAAGGUAAAAUGGAUGGUUAAGGCAAAUUAUUUUUUAUGAAUGGGGAUACUAAAUAUGUUGGAGACUUUGAAAACGAUUUAUUUAAUGGCUUUGGGACUUUGUAUAAUGAAAACCCAGUUUUUUAGUAUGAAAUUAACUACUAAUAAUUUGGAGAGGUAUAAUCUAAAGGUUACUGGAGAUAUUAUUAGGGCACAUUUUCAAAUGGACUGUAAUUUAUCUAAUUUUAUUCUUAGUAAAAGUGGUAUAGGAACUUGGUAUUUUACUAAUAACAGUGAGUUUGAAGGUCUUUUUGAGAAUGAUCUUCCUCAUGGUUAAGGAGUUUUAAGAAGAGGAGACAAUCAUGAAGUUUUAAAUGCGGAGUGGAAACAUGGGCAACUAUAGGGAAAGUUAUGAAAUAAUAGUAUAUCAAUUAUGAGUGAG